AUGGCGAUUCGGGUGACGAAAAAAUGCUGUCUGUUUUCCACGCUCGGCGUGCUGGUGGUGGCGGCCGCUCUGACCGUGACCCUGGUGCUGGUACUGCGGGAUGACGAGGAACUCAGCGAAACCUACCAGUUUUCCGCCAGCCCGAUCGCGGUGCGGCUAGAGGAGCAACCGGAUCACCGAUAUGUGCUGAGCAUCCAUCGAGGUGACGAUGAGCUGCAAAAGAUCACCUUUGAUCAUGACUUCACGGACGACUCGGAAAUCGAGACAUUCCCCAAAGGAAUGCGCCUGUUCGGCAACGGACAUAACGUGGAAAUCCGCGAGCUGGAGGAUAGCGCCGGGUUCGCCUACCUCAGCGUCUCGCGCACCUUACGCAAGAGCCAGCUCGGUUCCGAUCUGCUGCAUCUACAAGGCACGCACGGUCCGGACCAGGCACCCCUCCACUGGUACGGCGGCCCGGAGCAGAUGGAACAGUACUACCCGGUGGAGCAGCUACGCUUCGACGACUACGCGUACAUCACCAAGGAGCUGCACAGUGCGGCCAUCAUCGAGCGCUACUGGGUCAGCACGGCCGGUGUGUUCGUGUACGUCGACAAGGAGGUCCCACUGUUCAUCGACCAGGACGAGCAGGUGCUGCGGCUGACGGCGAAGAAGGAGCUCCCGUACUACACGUACGACGACGAGUUCGUCUUCAACUAUCGCAUCGGGGUGGCGGGUGAUGCGCGCGAGGCGCACCAGCGUGCGAUCGAGCGCGUGCUCAACCAGCCGGUCGACAUUCCCGACGAGCGCAUGGUGCGCCAUCCGAUCUGGUCGACCUGGGUGCGCUACCGGCGCCCGAUCAGCCAGCAGACGGUGCUGGACUUUGCACGCGAAAUCAACGCGUACGGGUUCAAGAACGCGCAGCUGGACGUCGACGACCUGUGGGAGGUGUGCUACGGGUCGCUCACGUUCAACACGAUCACCUUCCCGAACGUGACCGAGAUGACCGAGACGCUGCGCGAGAUGGGCUUCCGGGUGACGCUCUGGGUGCAUCCGUUCAUCAACAAGAACUGCGAUCCGUGGUAUACGGAGGCAUUGAGCAAAGGCUACUUAGUAAAGUCGCACAACGAAACCAUCGGGUACAACACCAAAUGGUGGAACAGUGGCGAGAACGAGGCGUCCUACAUCAACUUCAACAAUCCGGACGCGGUCGAAUGGUACCGGCGGCGGCUACGCGAACUCCAGGAUCUCGGCAUCGACAACUUCAAGUUUGACGCCGGUGAAACGAGCUGGGCCCCGGACGACCCGGAGAUCGAUGGUUCGAAGGCGCUGCUACCGUCCAGCCAGACGGUGAACUUUGUGCGCAUGUGCGCCGCAUUCGGGGGCAUGAUCGAGAUACGGACCGGCUGGGGCACACAGGAUCUGCCGGUGUUUGUGCGCAUGCUCGACUUCGACACGCGCUGGGGCUGGAACAAUGGGCUGCGGUCGCUCGUCCCGACGCUGUUACAGAUGAACCUGAACGGCUACCCCUUCGUGCUGCCGGACAUGAUCGGUGGAAACGUGUACAACGACGACAUCCUGACGAAGGAACUGUUCAUCCGUUGGCUGCAGGCGAGCGUCUUCAUGCCGAGCAUCCAGUACUCCAAGACACCGUGGGAUAUCGAUGAGGAGACUGUCACCAUAUCGAAAAAGUUCACCGUACUGCAUGAAACGUACGCUGACUACAUCAUCCAGCGAAUGAGGUUGGCCGUAUCACACGGCAUCCCGGUGAACCCACCUCUCUGGUGGUUAGAUCCGGCAGACAAAAUUGCCCAAACCAUCAACGACGAAUACCUGCUCGGUGAGGACAUCGUGGUCGCACCGGUACUGACAGAGUUUGCCGUCACCCGGGACGUCUAUCUGCCGAAGGGUACGUGGCGCGAUGGCAACACGGGACGGGUGCACGAGGGUAGCCGAUGGAUCUACAACUACACUGCACCGAUGGACACGCUUCCGUACUUUGUAUCUGCAACGUUCCAAGCUAACUAAACGCUGCACCGUAGAAACUGGUGGAGCGAAGAUGUAUACUUAUUAAACCAAAAACAACAA